AUGUUUGUCCUAGUUGAAAUGGUGGACACUGUACGGACAACUCCUUGGCAGUUUGAACGUAAACUGAAUGACUCCAUUGCAGAAGAACUAAACAAGAAAUUGGCAAAUAAGGUUGUAUAUAAUGUGGGUCUCUGCAUCUGUCUCUUUGACAUAACUAAGCUGGAAGACUCCUAUAUUUUCCCUGGCGAUGGAGCUUCUCACACCAAAGUUCAUUUCCGAUAUGUUGUAUUCCAUCCUUUUCUUGAUGAAAUCCUGAUGGGAAAGAUCAAAGGCUGCAGCCCAGAAGGUGUACAUGUUUCUCUGGGAUUUUUCGAUGAUAUCGUUAUACCUCCGGAGUCCUUGCAGCAGCCAGCUAAAUUUGAUGAGGCAGAGCAGGUUUGGGUAUGGGAAUAUGAAACCGAAGAAGGAGCUCAUGAUCUGUACAUGGAUAUCGGAGAGGACAUCAGAUUCCGUGUGGUAGAUGAGACCUUCAUAGAUACAUCACCUACUGGACCCAGCUCUGCAGAUGCUUCAUCCUCUACAGAUACUGUAGAGACACAACGCAAGGAGGCUCCAUACACAUUAGUGGGUUCCAUAAGUGAGCCAGGCCUGGGCCUUCUUUCUUGGUGGACCAACAACUGA